UCGGAGGCCCCCCAGCUUCCCGCCUCUAGGCCACCGCCAUGGAGCCCCUAAUCCCUGUCAUUACCAAGCUACAAGAGGUCUUCAGUGUGGUGGGCAGGGAGAUCAUCCAGCUCCCACAGAUUGUGAUCUUUGGCUCUCAGAGCAGUGGAAAGAGCUCGCUUCUGGAAAGCAUUGUGGGCCGGGACUUCCUUCCAAAGGGUUCUGGAAUCAUGACUCGCAGGCCCCUGAUCCUUCAGCUGGUGCACGUAGCCUCCCUGGAGGAGCGUCAGGCAACAUCCCCGGAGACAUAUAUCCAAGCAGAGGAAUGGGCCACUUUCCUGCACAACAAACAUAAGGCCAUCAGUCUUGCCCCAUUGUACAUGACGAUCUGUUCCUCUAAAGUCCUCAAUUUGACUCUGGUUGACUUGCCUGGAUUGACCAAGGUUCCCGUGGGGGACCAACCCCCCGACAUCGAGAUGCUGGUCAGAGACCUGAACCUGUCCUACAUCAUUAACCCCAGCUGCCUCAUCCUGGCUGUCACUGCUGCCAACACAGACAUGUCCACUUCAGAAUCCUUGAAACUUGCCCGGGAGGUGGAUCCUGAUGGACGCAGAACCUUGGCAGUGAUCACUAAGCUGGACCUCAUGGAUGCUGGGACGGACGCGAUGGAUGUGCUGACGGGCCGAGUCGUCCCCGUGAAGCUGGGCAUUAUUGGGGUGGUGAAUCGGAACCAACAAGAUCUCCACACCCACAAAAGCAUCAGUGAGGUUCUGUGUGAUGAGCAGGUCUUCUUGCAGAAGAAAUACCCGUCCCUGGCCAGCCAGAAUGGAACACCCUUUCUUGCCAAGACACUGAACAGGCUUUUCAUGCACCACAUCCGAGACUGCCUGCCUGAACUAAAGACCCGUGUGAAUGUGCUGACAGCCCAGUACCAGUCAAUGCUGCAAAGCUAUGGGCAGCCUGUUCAAGACCAGAACGCCACUCUGCUGCAGAUCAUCACCAAGUUUGCCACCGAAUACUGCAACACCAUUGAAGGAACAGCAAAGAACAUCGAGACCUCAGAACUCUGUGGGGGUGCUCGCAUAUGCUACAUCUUUCACGAGACCUUCUGCCGGACUCUAGAAUCCAUCGAUCCCCUGGCUGGACUCACCAUCCUGGACAUCUUGACCGCCAUCCGAAAUGCCACGGGCCCUCGGCCAGCGCUCUUCAUCCCAGAGGUCUCCUUUGAGCUGCUAGUGAAGAGACAGAUUAAGAGGCUGGAGGAGCCUAGCCUUCGCUGCGUGGAGCUGGUGCACGAGGAGCUUCAGAGGGUCAUCCAGCACUGUUCCACUUAUAAUACCAAGGAGCUGCUGCGCUUUCCCAAGCUACAUGAGGCCAUCGUGGAGGUCGUGACCGGGCUCCUGAGAAAGAGGUUACCCAUAACCAAUGAAAUGGUUCACAACCUCAUGGCAAUUGAGUUAGCCUACAUCAACACCAAGCACCCAGAUUUGGCCGACAUGACUUUUGUCUCUUCGUCCAUCAGCGGCAACAAGGUACUUGGGGGAGGUCGCCCGGCAAGCCCUCAUCUGGUCCCUGGACUGAGUCCCCGGUAG